AUGGCACCUCUGGCGCUCAUCUCAGCUAUAUUCCUGAGCUUUUCUUCCCUGGCGCUUGGCUCUCCUCUGUGGUCCAGACAGACGAACCCCCUCAUCUCAGGGACCUGUCCUGAGCUUCACCAGCGCAAGGCGUGGCACAAGCUUACCGACAAUGAGAAGGCGGCCUAUAUCGAAGCAGAGCUGUGCCUCAUGCGGUCGCCUCCUAAGACCGGCCAUCCGCUGGUACAGAAUCGCUGGGACGAAUUCACUGUCGCCCAUGAAGUCCAGACCCAAUGGAUUCAUGAUGUGGGCGGCUUCCUCCCAUGGCACCGCUACAUCCUCCUGGCUCACGAGCACGCCCUGCGCGAUGAGUGCAACUACGAGGGAUACCAGCCAUACUGGGAGGAAAUCCUCGACAUGGGCGACGUCGCCUCGAGCGUCCUCUUCGACCCGGUCACGGGCUUCGGCGGCGAGGGCGGCAAGUGCAUCGACGACGGGCCGUUCGCGGGCCUGACGAUCCACCUGAGCUACGACUUCAGCAGCCUCGAGUUCUACGCCGACGACCGCUGCGUGUUCCGCUCCUUCAACGACACGGCCUUCCUCGAGGGAGACCAGAAAAACAUCGACGAGUGUUUCACGGCCGACGACCCCCUCGUCGCGCUUCCUUGUUACUUCGCCAACCCGCACGGGAGCGGCCACCGCGGCGUCGGUGGGACGAUGUACGAUGCCGCCGCCUCCAUCGGUGACCCCCUCUUCUUCCUGCACCAUGCCAACCUCGACCGCCUGUGGUGGGACUGGCAGCAGGUCGACCCGCAUGCCAGGACAUAUGCCAUCGGGCCGCUGCGGAACACACCGACGGAGGGCUUCCGCGUGAGGUUUGGCCCCAUGCCGCCGCCCGGGCCCGAGUUCUUGGAUUACUCGGGGGAUAAUGGGCACGUCACGACGUUGAACCACGUCCUUUGGCUUGCGGGUCUUGCGCCGAAUGUUACGAUUGCGGACGUGAUGGACUUGGGCAACAACCUUAAUUGCGCCGAGUACGUUUAG